UGCUUUGGUAAUAAUUAUUUAAAAUAAUUGACGUGUUUUAGGGUCAUUUAAUGAACAUCGAAUUUAUUGUUUAAAAUUGUAAAGCACACCACUUUUAAUAUUAAAAAGUAUAAUCUAGAAGAUAUGUCCGGAUAUCUGACACAUUGUCAAAUUUGAUUAUUCGCGACAUUUAAGUGAAUUCGAGUGACAAUUGACACGUAAAUAUGUAACGGAAUUUGAUAAAAUUAAAGUUAAUUUAUUUCAACAUGAAUGACUAAAGUUUAAUCAAAAUUAUAAUAUUAUUUAUGAAAUUUAGAUUUGAAUUAUUAUGUUAUUCAUUAAAGUAAAAAUUAAAUCAUUAUGAGGGUAACCCACAAAUGGGACAGGGUGAUAAAUUGGAACUUUCGACGACCCCAUCCGAUUUGAAUGUGUUACAGGAAAAGGGUUUCAUCCUAGAAAAGAUAAUAGGAGAAGGGUCGUAUGCAAAAGUUUUCAAAGCAACUCAGAUGAUUGACGAGACGAGACACUGUAUAUUAGCGUGCAAGGUGAUCGAUACGGCGCAGGCACCGCGCGAUUACCUCUCAAAAUUUCUGCCCCGCGAACUGGACGUUCUGAUACGUGUAAAUCACCCGCAUAUUGUCAACGUGUCCCAUAUCUUUCAACGAAGAGCUAAAUAUUUUAUCUUCCUCCGCUUCGCCGAGAAUGGGGAUUUAUUAGACUUUUUAUCCCAGCAUGGCGCAGUGCCGGAGAAUCAGAGCAGAUUAUGGAUGCGACAGAUCCUAUCGGGCAUGCAGUACAUACAUUCAAUGAACGUGGCACAUAGAGAUUUAAAAUGCGAGAAUAUUCUUAUAACGGCAAAUUACAAUGUGAAGAUAACAGAUUUCGGUUUCGCGAGGAACGUGCGACAGAGAGACCGCGACAUCCUGAGCGAGACGUACUGCGGUUCGCUGUCGUACGCCGCGCCGGAGGUGCUGAAGGGAGUGCCCUACCUGCCUAAGAUGGCGGACAUGUGGUCGAUUGGAAUCAUUCUAUACACAAUGCUGAACAAAGCUCUCCCCUUCAAUGAAACCUCGGUCAAGAAACUAUACGAAAAGCAGAUAAUGCGCAAGUGGCGUUUCCGUACAAACAUCGUGAACCAGCUGUCGACGGAGUGCAAGGAGCAAGUGACGGCGCUCAUGGAGCCGGAUCCCAAAGGACGUCCCACCGCCACCGCCAUCGUUGCCGGGCCCUGGAUCGGCAUGGACGCCAAGCUUGCCAAGUUAACAUUCCUAGAAGAGUCUCUUUUGAAACAAGCCGAAGAGGAAGCGCAUAUGAAAGAAAAAGAUAACUACGUGGAGAGCGAAGUCGAAAGAAUCGCGGAGUUGCGACGAAAAGGUCGGGGGAAAGUUGAAUGGGCUGCGCAAGAUCUGCUGGUGAAUUAUAUUAAUUUUUCAUAACAUAAGUUCCCGAAACAGAAAACUAUUUAUUCGUACCAGUCGCGGAGCAGAAGGUACACAAAAAAUAACUUCUCAAUGUUAAAAUUAUAGGAAUAAUUAUAAAAAUUAUCAAUGGAUCUAAUAAUUGACAACUGGGACAUAAGAUUCGAUAGUGAUAAAAAUUUAUACAAAAAUCCAAUUUUAUAUACCUAUGAAGAUAGUUACUUAUAGUGGGUUUCUGACAUCAAAAUCUGAAUAAUACCGUCACCACUCUCAAUAUCUUUGACAAAACAGACAUAAAAAUGUCAUACACAAGGAUUUCGGUCUCAGAAACCCGCGAUAAGUAAGUUGUGCUACAACUGGCUAACUAUUUGGGGGAUAAAUAUUUCUUUAGAUUUAUCAAUCGACAAUGACAUGUUUUUUUUUGUUCCAGAGGGUCUAAAGGUGUUGAAAACAAGCGAAGGGACAUAUGAAAAAUCGCAAUCCGUACUUAAUCAUAAACAUAAAUAGAAAUAUAAAAGUCAUCA